UUUAAUGUGCCAUCAAGAACGACUGCAAACCAACUCUACGUUCCAGAACUUGAUAGAAUUGUUCUGAGAGACAAGACAUCCUUCCGGCAGUUUGCACAAAUAACAACUGUCAGGGUGGUGGUGCUUAUGUCCUUGAAAGGGGGCAUGGCGGUGGAGGGUGGGGUGGAGGAAUUCAGAUCGAGAAGAUGCCAGGAUGUUCCUUCAUUGGUGAUGGAAGAAAAGGUCACCUUCAUUGCCAUAUGCGAGCAUGAGCUGCUGAUUCCUAGGUUUGGGCAAAGGAGGAUGGCACUGAUAACUUAGCAGCACGGCUGAGAGUGCAGCAGAUGCCAAAGGGGAAAGAGUUUCAACAUUGACCGGUGAACCGGGCGGGGGGGGGGGGGGGGGGGGGGGGGGAGGUACCGGUUGCACCCCGGUGCACCCUCUGAACUGGAAUCACCAGCAUUUCUCACGUUCUCAUGCAACGCCUCUCAUUUGUUGAGGCUGAGCGAAGCCGGCUUGCUGCAGAAGUAAAGGAGUUGCGAUGCGAAUUAGAGAAGGAGAGAGUGGCAGCAAAGAAAGGGCAGAGGGCAUCGGCACUGUUAUCACAGUAUCGCAUUGCUAUCGUAAGGGUGCGGGCGCAGAAUGCAGCACUGCGAGAGCAGGCAGCCACGGAGCGCGCUUCAAUUGAGGAAGAAAUCCAAGCACUGCAAGAGAGGAUCAGGACUAAGGAAGCCGCCCAUGCCGCAGAAAUAGCACAACUGCAAAUAGAUGCCAAGAAACAAACAGCCAAGGCGGUUAUCGAAGUAAGCAGCUCCAAACAGCGUCUGUUGGCGGAGCUUGAGGAAACGCGGGGUCGGUGUAUGCUUUUGGAAAAGCAGUUUGAUGAGCUAAGGGCGAACUACAGUGCAUUGCAGGCGAUGAUAAUUGCCCAGAAAGAGGAUAUCAGAGCAGCUAUGGACUUGAUUCUGAAGAGGAAAGGAGCAGUAGGUGGAGAGGUGAGAGAGACGGGCUCUAUGAAUGCAGGUCCGGGAGGGCAAUCGUUGGCGUCGGGAUCCAGUUUGAGGAGUAACAUGGCAAGGCGAGUGGAUGGGAAUGCAGAGUGGCGUAGAGUCACCAAAACGUCCAAUGAGAGGGAAUGUCUGGCCAAUCGAACCCGCCAAUUCACACGCUUAGGUGGCAAAGGGGGUGCAUCAGGAUCAGUACGUGAUGGUUCUGGAUGGGAUGGGUGCACGUCCUCCGCUCCCAGAGGCUUAAAUGGGCGCUCAACUUUGCCACGGUCGGGUGGAGCGAACGAGCGCACUUGUGGACUGUCGUCGAUGCCUUCGGCAUCAAUGUCGCAUUCGUUGCAACGAUUGGCUGAAGCAAAUGAGCCCACUUGUCGAACGUCGUCUAUGCCUUCGACAUCAGUUGCACAUUCGUUGCCAGAAGAGCAUGCUGCUGCUUCGGCACCUCAUCAUGCUGGAUCAUCCAGGUUGCCCCCAGAGAGAGCUCAGCUUCCUCGUUCCUCUCUGUGGCAGUGUGAGCCUGCGCCUGCCUCAGCUUCUGUCCCGGGACAGACACUCGGGGGAGCGGGUUCUCUGUCAACGUCAGCACAGGAAACAACUCUACCAAAGAGAUGCGCGACCGAUGGCGCGUCGAUUCGGGUGGAUUUUGCAGACUCGAAGCAUUCCCCACAGUUUGACGGCCAACCGGAAAAGAGGGAAUGGGUGUUGGGACAUUCAGGAUUGUCACUCCCAAUGUCAGGGAAGUUCCCGAGUGCAGCAAGGAAUGCAGCUGAUGGAUAUCAUCAUGACCAUUCUGAACCCUCCCGUCUCCCCCCAAUUGAAGAUGGCGAUGGUGACUCCCUCAGAGCCUUCUCGUCGCCCUUGUCAUCACCAUUCACAGGUCAUCUUGGUCCGGAGGCACAGGCUAGUUUGAAGUCACGUACGCUGCCGAUUCCUCCUGUCCAUUGCUUGCAAGAAGAGCUGGACCACGAUCUCGGUCUCGCUAAGAAUUGGGAAAUGGAGGAAGAGUUACUCGACGAAGAAAACAUUUCUGCUUUUCCAAGAGAAGCGUCGUUCUCGUGGGAGUAUCCUGAACCAACGGGAAAGGAGAAUUGUGCCGACUUGAUUUUGGAAGACAAUUAUAUUACCUCAACAAGAGCGCCUCCCGUGUAUCAUACAUGUGACGACAUAUGGAAAGGGAAGGGUAGAGAUAGGAACCCCACGGGAUUGCUGUUCGACACCGGCAGUGGCCAGACUGAAUGGGGAAGCACAGCUGAUGCUGUGAGUCCAGGGGAACGAGGGAAGCAUGAGGACCGAAUCGUCAAAGAGGUGACAGCCCCUGCUGCUGAUCAAGGGGUGCGUUUCAAAAGCGUGGUUGAAGAAACCGGUUCAAAGUGGUCUAGGGGAUUUGGCAAGCAUUCGACAGGUUUUGAGAAUGAGAUGGACAAGGGUGUUGAGGACGGGCAUGCUCGCCCAAGAGCCAUGAGGACGGUCGAUGACUGUGCCGAGAAGCUGCACCAGGACAUGUCGUUGCUGGAUCAGGAAAUUGCGGAGAAAACUGCGAUCACAACCCGGAUUUUGCAGUUAGUCCAUCAGCUCUGCAUGAAGCGGAUUCACGUGACUAAGCGAGACCUGUUCUAUACCGAUGUAAAGCUGUUUCAGGAUCAGGGGCAGUCAGAUCAUGUGCUCGAUGAUGUAUCUUGUCUCCUUGGGUGCACGCGCUCCAGUCUCAAUGUUGUUGCGUCCGAAAAAGGAGUAGUGGUUGGGAGGUUGCGGUUCGUCGAAGACGGUGAUAUGAUUGAUUGCACGAAGAUGGGCGUUGGAGGAAAGGCGAUACCUCCAAACAUUGACAAAGUGAAGGACUUUGAAAGCGAUGCAACCUUUAUCUUGCUGGUGGAGAAGGAUGCCGCUUUCAUGCGACUCGCGGAGGACCGAUUUUACAAUCGAUUUCCCUGUGUCAUCGUCACGGCAAAAGGGCAACCGGAUGUCGCAACGAGAUUGUUCUUGAAGAAGAUGAAAAGUGACCUGAAGAUUCCGGUUCUGGGUCUUGUCGACAGUGAUCCUUAUGGACUCAAGAUUCUCUCUGUGUAUCGCAUUCCAGAGCAGUGCCGAUUAGCCAUGACGGAGAGCGAUAUAAAAACAGGGAAGGACCUGCUUGAGGAAGACUUUAUCAAGAAAGAUCCAAAAUGGCACCAGGAGCUGGAACUGAUGGUGAGGACUAAAGAGAAGGCUGAGAUCCAGGCAUUGAGUUCAUUCGGUUUUCAGUACCUUUCAGAAGUGUACCUUCCUCUGAAGUUGCAGGAGGGCGAUUGGAUUUGAAUCUUAGCGCAGAUAGAAAAAGGCUUCCUUCGGUAUGGACUCUUGUACUAGUGUACUAUGGAGGUCUGUUGACUCAAUUCGGAUCCACUUUCCACUCUGGAGAGUUCACACUGUGUGUGUGUUUUUUUUUUCCACUUUUUUGAAGUUUUUUCCAAGUUUUUUGUGCUUCGCUACUGCGUGCAGUUCACUGAACAAUCUGAAAUCCGCGUUUUCAAUUUUGAUUUUGCUUGGAAAAGAAAGAAAGGGAGUUGGGAGGGAAGGAGGGCGGGGGGUGGAAGGAGGGGUGAGAUGCUUUAUUUUUUACCUUUGUGCCUUUCUUUUCCCGAUUUUGUUUAUGUUCUCGACGUCUUCUUUGGCUGCCGAUCAUGAUCCUCGGUGCCCCCCCCCCCACCCAAAAAAAAAAAAAAAAAAAAAAAAUCCUUGCUGGCACCUCUGAGUUUUGCCGGUGAAUUGCUAGAUGCCCACAUCAUCUGGAUAUAGAUCAACAAACUAGUUUCGGAGCU